AUGCCCGGUCCUCUCUCCCUCUUCUCCGUCAAUGCGGUCCUCGUCAUGUCCGCUGACGACGGCUCGCGGAUCUUCGCCAAGUACUAUUCGGCACCGCAUCCCCCCGCGGGCACUGCGCCCAACUCGACCGAUUACCCCGGUGCCAACCCUUACCCAACCGUGAAGGAGCAGCGCGCUUUUGAGAAGGGACUACUGGAGAAGACCAAAAAGUCGACCAGCGAUGUGAUCCUCUACGACAACCGCAUCGUUGUCUUCAAGAUGGAGAGCGAUGUUAUGCUCUACGUGGUGGGAAGCGCCGACGAGAACGAGGUGUUGCUGUACAAUGUGGUUCUGUCGCUGCGCGAUGCUCUGGGAAUCCUAUUCAAGGGCGCCACCGACAAGCGAACUAUUGUCGAGAACUACGACCUCGUUUCCCUCACCAUUGACGAGAUUAUCGACGACGGAAUCAUUCUCGAGACCGACCCCAUUCUGAUCGCCUCACGAGUCAGCCGUGCCCCCGCCGCCGAUGCGCCAAACAUGAAGAGCAUCGAUCUGUCGGAGCAGGGCCUCAUGAAUGCUUGGGAGUUCGGCAAGCGACGUCUUGCCGAGGGUCUGCGACAGAUGUAG